AGAGAAGGAACUGAAGUAGUAGCUGUAACCGAAAUCGCAAGUGGAACGCAUCAACCAAUAAACGCACUAUUUCUCUUUUUAUCGACAGUCUAAAUCAUGACCGAAGAAUAUAAAUUACUGAGAAACGGCGACAAGACCGCAAACCGACAUGAAGAUAUCGGACAUCAGUCAGAAGUCUCUGAUAGCGUGAUGUUUCUAUUUACUUCUGAAUCCGUGGGCGAAGGACAUCCGGAUAAAAUGUGUGAUCAAAUCAGUGAUGCUAUUUUGGACGCACAUCUGAAACAAGAUCCUGACGCUAAAGUGGCUUGCGAAACUGUAACCAAAACUGGAAUGGUAUUACUGUGUGGAGAAAUAACAUCUAAAGCUAAAGUUGACUAUCAAAAAGUGGUUCGUAACACAAUACAACACAUAGGUUAUGACGAUUCAUCAAAAGGUUUUGAUUAUAAGACUUGCUCUGUGAUGCUUGCUAUUGAUCAACAAUCUCCAAAUAUUGCUUCUGGUGUACAUAUUAAUAAGUCUGAUGAGGAGAUUGGUGCUGGAGAUCAGGGCCUCAUGUUUGGCUAUGCUACUGAUGAAACUGAAGAAUGUAUGCCUUUAACAGUUUUACUGGCUCAUAAACUUAAUGAAAAAAUAGCUGAACUCCGAAGAAAUGGAGAACUUUGGUGGGCACUCCCUGACACAAAAACACAGGUCACUUGCGAAUACUAUUUAGUUGAUGGUGCUUGCGUCCCUCAGCGAGUGCACACAGUUGUAAUAUCUGUACAACAUUCUGAAAAAAUUACUUUGGAAGACUUAAAACAAGAAGUUAUGUUGAAAGUUGUCAAGACAGUAAUACCAGUACAGUAUCUUGAUGACAAAACAGUCUACCACAUCAAUCCCUGUGGUCAAUUUGUAAUGGGCGGUCCUCAAUCUGAUGCUGGCUUGACAGGAAGAAAGAUUAUUGUCGAUACUUAUGGAGGUUGGGGAGCUCAUGGAGGUGGCGCAUUCUCGGGCAAGGAUUAUACUAAGGUUGAUCGUUCAGCUGCAUACGCAGCACGUUGGGUUGCUAAGUCUUUAGUUAAAUCUGGACUUUGUAAACGUUGUUUAGUACAAGUAUCUUAUGCUAUUGGAGUAGCAGAACCGAUAUCAAUCACACUUUUCCAUUAUGGCACAUCUACUAAAACUCAAAAAGAAUUGUUGGACAUUGUACGUAAGAAUUUUGAUUUAAAACCAGGAAAAAUUGUCAAGGAAUUAAAUCUACGAAACCCAAUUUAUCAACAGACGAGCUCUUAUGGACAUUUUGGUCGUGACAUAUUCCCAUGGGAGAAACCCAAGAUAUUAGUGGAAUGAUUAAAUACUGACGUCUUAACUUCUAACAAAAGAUAAUUCUUAAUUAUAUUUUAUAAUUAUUUUCUAUUAUCAACAUCAAGUAACUUUCAUUGAUUAACACAAUAAUAAUUUUUAAGCUUGAAAUUGAUUUUUCUUAUACUUUUAAAUUUAAAUUUUUAAAAGAAUUUAACUUUGAAGCAAAAUUAUAGUCUAUUAUAAUAAUCAACAAUCAGUAAAGGGAACAUAAUGUUUUUGGGGAAAAACCGAACAGUUUUUCUAUAACUCUGUACAUGGUGAUUUUUAAU